GGGGUGCCGGGCUCCCCCGGGUCCCCCCAGUAUCCAGGCCAGCCAGGUUCCCCCGGGUCCCCCCAGUUUCCAGGGUCCCCCCAGUAUCCAGGGCAGCCAGGGUCCCCUCAGUAUCCAGGGCUGCCAGGUUACCCCGGCUCCCCCCAUUCCCAGGCCAGCCAGUUCCCUCAGUUACCAGGCCAGCCAGGUUCCCCCGGGUUCCCAGGCCAGCCAACCGCUCCCAGCAACUGCCACUACAAGAGCUACGCCAGGGCUUCCUUACCACUCUUUUCCAAGGUCCCCUCAGUACCCCUGGUCUCUGACUCCUGCCAACAUAGCUGGACCCACUCAUCCCCAGAGGCCUCCCUGUGUUAA